AAUACCUGCCACGAGGAAUAAUGCUUUUACACAGAGACGUUAAGUGAAACAGAAGCAGGGAGAUAGUGGACCUAGUAGCGACCAGUGAAGAGGCGGGGCCAGGAGUUGUGAAUCGACUCUUGCAACCACAUAUAGGUUUGGUGUCAUAUUAUUGCGGGUCACGGAAAGAAGAAUGGUGCGCCUGAAGUGGUGUGUGGUGUGGGCACUGGUUUGUGGGGUGACCAUCUGGCCUAUACCUUCCCUAUGUGCUGCUACGCCAGGUAUUCAACUGGAAUCAGUGCUCGUGGACUGGACCACAAGCCUGGAGGAAGUGGACACGACAGUGUGUUUCCGUGACGGCCAGGUGACCGAUGUGUCGGGGGCGUCACAGUACCAGCUGGUGCUCACCACUGAAGAGGGUGGAGAGUGGAGGCAGCAGGGUGCGUCCAGGACAGUGGACCACCAGUGGUGCUUCCCUUCAGUAACUCUGCCAAAGGAGGAUGUUUCCAAAACACUGUCGAUCUUGGUAACCUUAAAAGACAUUGACUUGAAAACUGUGCUGGCAAGUGGAGACACUGAGGUCUUCCCUAUUGUGCCCAUAGUUGAGGCUGUCAGACCUGAUGUGUGGGUCAUCUCUUGGAAGAACCCCGGAGCUGACACCUUCACCCUCAGGAGAGAGGAUCAUCCUCAUCCCUUGGCCACUGGUCUCACAGGUCAAACCUGCAGCUACUUCCUCUUCUUGCAGGAGGAGGAUGAAGGUGUUUUUACCAUAGAGAUGAACGACUCGUCUGCCGUUCAUCAACUGGCUCGUGUUGUUAUCAACUCUUCUGCCACAGAUUUAUUAGACCUAGCUACUACUAAAGUGCAGAUACUCGAGAUCCGUCAAGUGUUGAGUGGAAGAGACACUCUGGGCGAAGACCAGAACACGGUGGUGGUCAUAGAGCCCGAGGAGGACAUUGAUGUGCUAUACUGGGAGCUACGACAACAACACCGGGACCCGAAUUAUGGACCCACUUACACACUUACUGUCAACGAUACUUACCAGAAGGGUUCAACAGCCGGAAUCGAAUUUGAGGAUAACCUUGUGGAGUCCUCGUACAUCUUCCUUGUUGCCUAUUCAGACAGUAAUAUUGUAAUAGCUAUUGGAAUAGCAGCCAUAAAUGUUACGUACUUUGGCACAAGAGUAUCCUGGGUCCAGAGGGAAGGGGUAGCAGGUUUUCUCCGUAUUGAGACUGGUACCCUGGAGGAGGUAACUGCUGGGAACCUGACCUGCCAGAGCACUGACAGUCCCUGCUACCUGUACAGCACAGGGUGGCAGGUACCUCUUGAGGUACCUCGCUGUGAAGACCUCAUGGAUACCUAUAACAAUGCCACUAUCAAACACUGUGAUGAUGUUAUCGGCACUUCCAACAAUCUGACAGACACGCCGAAGCUGGUGUUGUACCAGGAGGAAAACAGUUUAGAAGUUAGUUACUCUGACGAGGCUACCCAGGUGGAGGUAGUGGUCAUCAACCCCACCGACAAUACCGUCUUCGACAACCAGUUUCAGUGUACUGGGGAAGACAAUCAUUGCAGUGUAGUGAUCACAGACGGGCUACAGAGCUCCCAGGUCACCAUUCUUGUGGUCCUCCUCGAUCAGGAUGGCUACGCUGUCAUGUCAGCCAGUGUCCCUUUUGAUGGUAAGAUUUUGUGUUUAUCCUGACCAGGGCAGAAGGUUGCAGGAGUAACAUAUACCACUUACGUGUUACGUACCUCGUAGCGCAGCAAUAACACGUUAGAUUUACAGCCGAGAGGACCUAGGGCGAACCUUGGGAGAGGUGGGACGUAUGGGAAAUCUGCCUCAUACCUUUUACUUAUGAUGUAAAUGAUUUACAAAACCGACAAAGUGAAGAGUGAGACACUUGUGCAACAUCUGGAUUUCUUUAUUGUGGCUUCGUCUAUCCAAUGCAAAGAAAAAUGGUGAAGAUCAAGAG